CGACUGCCGUUCCCAGCAAGAUGCCUUACUUUGCAAAACUCCUUUUGUUAAUCUUUUGCUUAGUUCUUCUGGUGGAAAGCAGAAAGCACAGGAGGAGGAGGUGGACGAGCCAGCUGGAGCUGCAGAAAGCAAGUCACAUCUAUAAGAAGAAUCGUGACAUGACCAAGACCUGGAAAGGAAAGACGGAGCAGCUUCUGAGAGUUGAUGACCACGACUUCACCAUGCGCCCAGCUUUUGGAGGCCCUGCAAUUCCUGUUGGGGUGGAUGUGCAAGUUGAAAGCUUGGACAGUAUUUCUGAGGUUGACAUGGAUUUCACUAUGACUCUGUACUUGAGGCACUACUGGAAGGAUGAGCGCCUCUCAUUUCCCAGCACCACCAACAAGAGCAUGACCUUCGAUGGCAGGCUGGUGAAGAAGAUCUGGGUCCCUGAUGUCUUCUUUGUGCAUUCCAAAAGGUCCUUCAUUCACGAUACCACCACAGACAACAUCAUGCUGCGAGUGUUCCCUGACGGUCAUGUCCUCUACAGCAUGAGGAUCACAGUGACAGCGAUGUGCAACAUGGACUUCAGCCGCUUCCCCCUGGACUCUCAGACGUGUUCUUUGGAGCUGGAGAGCUAUGCUUACACUGAUGAAGAUCUGAUGCUGUAUUGGAAAAACGGGAAUGAAUCGCUGAAAACUGAUGAAAAGAUUUCUCUGUCUCAGUUUUUGAUACAAAAGUUCCACACUACAUCAAGACUGGCUUUCUACAGCAGCACAGGUUGGUACAAUCGCCUCUAUAUAAACUUCACUUUACACCGACACAUCUUCUUCUUCUUGCUCCAAACCUAUUUCCCUGCCAGCCUCAUGGUCAUGUUGUCCUGGGUGUCCUUCUGGAUUGAUCACCGAGCAGUUCCUGCCAGAGUCUCUUUGGGGAUAACCACGGUGCUGACCAUGUCCACGAUCAUCACUGGGGUGAACGCCUCCAUGCCUCGUGUUUCCUACAUCAAAGCAGUGGACAUUUACCUGUGGGUCAGUUUUGUGUUUGUCUUCCUCUCAGUGCUGGAGUAUGCAGCAGUGAAUUACCUGACCACGGUGCAAGAGAGGAAGGAGAGGAAGCUCCGGGAGAGGCUUCCAUGUACGUGUGGGAUGCCUCAUUCGAAAACUAUGAUGCUGGAUGGAAACUACAGCGAGUCUGAUGCCAACAGCCUGGCAGGAUAUACAAGAAACCAGAUGGUCCCAGAGGAAGAAAAACAAGAAAAAAUAGUUGUGCACUUAGCUAUGAGCAAUGAAUCUAAUUCGUCAAGGAAGAGAGGCCUGAAGGGCCAUGUGGGUUUGCGCAUCAUCCAGAACACUCAUGCCAUUGAUAAAUACUCAAGAUUAAUAUUUCCAGGCACCUAUAUAUUUUUUAAUUUGAUAUAUUGGUCAGUCUUUAGCUAAGCAUUCUGGCACAGCAGUGGCUGAAGCAGAAGACAUUUAGAAAACUCUCUCUUGUUGGUUCUUUUUCGGUUUAAUCUGGAUGCGAAGCCAGAAAACUGAUUAUUUUAUUGCUUCUUGGGGGAACAAAGGAGAGGACACAUCCUACAUUGGGCAACUCCAUGCACAGGCAUCCUGGAGGAACCACGCUGUGCUGGUUGCUUUCUAACCCACACCCCAGCUCCUGUUUGCUUUAUGACAUAUGUCAUUUCUCAUACUUGAAAAUGUGUGCUCACUGUUCACCCAAAAGGUGCUGUAUGAUCAUCAGGGGACAGCCAUGCUGGUGGUGCCUGUUGUGCAGUGGACAAUCAGAGACAGUGCUCACAUGGGCUGUCAGGGAUUAGGCAAAUGCAGCUUGCAAGGGGAGGAGGUCUGGAUGGUGUAACUCUCGUAAGGGAAGUGAAUGAGGCCUUUCCUUUUCAAAACCUCUGUUUCUGAGCAAAUCCUUUUCUUUUCCUUUGGCCUGUGAGCAUUGUAUUUCUUUCCAUUGGUUUAUGAAGACUCUUUUAAGGUCCACAUUCUGCUUUGCCUGGAUAGGACCUUCAUCAAUACCGUUAGGACAGUUGACUGGCCAGGUUCAACAGGGCUGGUUACAAGGUGCAGGUAGUAGGUUUGAGUCAGUGGUCAGGUUUGUUUCCAGAUUACAAGUAAGGAGUGAUGAGGCAGCACAGAAGUCCCCAUACUCACAGAAGCUGGCUCCCAGAGUACAUGGGUAAUGAAAACAAGGAGGUUUAGGCACAUGUUCUUCACAUAAUUUGAGCACAGCACAAGAUAAAUGGCACUCACCCUCUAAAAUGAGGGGGGAAGCUGAUAUGUAGCACGUGCAGUCAGCACAUGCAUGGUGGGCAGUGUCUCAGGGAGCAUCAUUUCCUCCCUCCAGAGCAGAGAACAGUGUUGAUGGCAGUACUGGUGGCUUUCAAGGAUUUUCCUCACCCCUGUGAGGAAAGUGCAGCCCACAGAGCAACUGUAUAUCUCAACGUGACUUUACCAAUCAACACAUUGUCCUUCUGUUUAGGCAUUUUGGAUCAAAAGGGAGAGAUGUCUGCCAGAAACUCUCUCUGUAGGAAUACAGGCAUGUCAGAGAUGAAAUGGCUGAAAAUAUUACCAAGGGAUUCAAUGGGACCCUGUCUGGCCUCUGUCUCCAAGUGGAUGUAGGUCCUUUGAAGCUGCUGGAGAGCACUGUCACGUUUUUCACCCUGUGAUACCGCCCUUUCCUAACAAUGCUGAUGGCAAAACUCACAUGUAGAAACGUGAGAGCCACAAGAUGAUGAUAUUGAGGUUUGUGUGCUCCUUAUUUUUAGAAAACACCAUGACUUUUUGGUUGUGGUGGAGAUUAUCUUCCUCAAAGCACUUGGUUCC